AUGGGCUGGACAAUGAGGCUGGUGAUGGCACCCCUGUUUCUGGGCCUCACGAUGGUCGUCACAGGAAACCUGGAGGAUAAUGACUCAUGUGUGUACGAGGCCCUGUCUGACACCGAUGCUGUUCUCUGCAAGGGCCUUGAAGUUUUCUACCCUGAGUUGGGGAACAUCGGCUGCAUGUAUAUUCCUGACUGCAACGACUACAGACAAAAGAUCACCCGCUGGUCCCAGCCGACAGUCAAGUUCUCGGGGGCCUUAGAGGAUGCAACCUAUAUCCUGGUGAUGGUGGACCCAGAUGCCCCUAGCAAGUCUUUCCCCAAAGCUCGGUUCUGGAGACAUUGGCUGGUGACAAAUAUCAAGGGCACAGACAUGAAGAAAGGGAAGAUAAAGGGCCAGGAGUUAUCAUCCUACCAGCCUCCCUCCCCACCAGCACAAAGUGGCUUCCACCGCUACCAGUUCUUCGUCUAUCUUCAAGAAAGAAAGAACAUCUCUCUCCUUCACAAAGAAAACAAAACUCGAGCCUCUUGGAAAAUGGACAGAUUUCUGAACCGCCUCCGCCUGAGGGAACCUGAAGCAAGCACCCAGUUCAUGACCCAAAAUUACCAGGACUCGCCAGAUUUCCAGGAUCCUGGAAGAGAAAGCAGUAAGCCCAAGAGCAGACUCAAGCAGUGA